UUUCCAAAAAGAGAAGCAAUAUAUAAUGUAUAAUAAUACUUAUGCACGAUUCUCGUCCUCGAGAUACAUCCCCCCCUUCGAAUCGUUCCCCACCACGUCCAGCCGUGGUCAAGCACGACCGUUCUGUUUCCAGGUACACCUGAGAUCCCGGCUGAUCAUGAACGGCGUGUGCGUGAUGUGGCGCGGAUGGAUCGAUCUCGAGAGGUUGGACGGCGUCGGUUGUCUCGAGUAUGACGAGAAACGCGCCGCCGAAGAGGACGCCCUACUCCGGGACCAGCUCGAGCGUUACAACCAACGCGUGCGCGAUUUUGACGAGAAGCAACGGGCUUACAGGAGCUCGGCCGCACAGCCGCCACACUUGAACCACCAUCACCACCACCAUCAUCACCACGGUCAUCACGGCCACCACGUGACGGGGGCAGCGGCGGGGACUACGGGCACCAUCGAGGCCACCCACCUCACCCACCGCCAGGAUCCAGAGAUGGAGGUGAGGCUGAGGGCUUACUGAGGCAGCGAGAAGGCCGCCACCACCGAGACCAGUUGAGCUCUUUUCAAUCUGGGAGCGACACUCCGCUUCCUCGAGGAGAAAAAAAAGAAGAGGAAGAGGAAGAGGAAGAGGAGGGACGAAGAGUCGCGAGAGGAGAAGAGAGGAAUAUUUGAACGACGAUUCGUUCGGAUGGAUGGAUGGAUGGAUCUGUGGGCAGAUGUCUGUGAUGAGAGAAGAAUGAUCGUUUUAUUCAUUAUAUGUAUAUUGUUUCUUGAAUUUUGAUUCAUUUUUUUUUUUUCAAGUAGAUUCGAUAAAGGAAUCUUAAAAUUAUUUAAAAUUUAUUUAAAUUAUUUUUGG